AUGAUAUGGAGGGGAUUGGAACACCUGAAUCAUGUGAUUGGGAGGGGAUUGGAACACCUGAAUCACGUGAUUGGGAGGGGAUUGGAACACCUGAAUCACGUGAUUGGGAGGGGAUUGGAACACCUGAAUCACGUGAUUGGGAGGGGAUUGGAACACCUGAAUCACGUGAUUGGGAGGGGAUUGGAACACCUGAAUCACAUGAUAUGGAGGGGAUUGGAACACCUGAAUCACAUGAUAUGGAGGGGAUUGGAACACCUGAAUCACAUGAUAUGGAGGGGAUUGGAACACCUGAAUCACAUGAUAUGGAAGGGAUUGGAACACCUGAAUCACAUGAUUGGGAGGGGAUUGGAACACCUGAAUCACAUGAUAUGGAGGGGAUUGGAACACCUGAAUCACAUGAUAUGGAGGGGAUUGGAACACCUGAAUCACAUGAUUGGAGGGGAUUGGAACACCUGAAUCACAUGAUAUGGAGGGGAUUGGAACACCUGAAUCACAUGAUAUGGAGGGGAUUGGAACACCUGAAUCACAUGAUUGGGAGGGCGGGGACAAUA